UAUCAGUUGGUGGUGGGGAGGGGCCCGCCCGCCCAGCGACCGCCCGUCCUGCCCGCCCACCAGACACCAGGCGCGGACUCCCCAGCAUCGGGUACCCAAGCUGGUUGGCUUGCAAGAGCAGCAGGGUAUGGGUGAAAUGGGUGGGGGUUCAGAAGGGAGAUCAGACCGCUGAGCUAAGACCAGCUCCCCUCCUUCGCCAGCUCCCACCCCACCCACCCUAAGCCGGCUUUCUUCCUGUUAUUUGUGCUUCGCUAAAGCGCGGCUGGGUUCCUGGAAGAGCCGCCUCCUACCUAGAUUCCUGAGAAAACGCGGCAACCCGUGGACCAGGGCCUAGGCCUUUUGCCUCUCGGGGCUUUUGGAGAGCCUGGGCCCCACUGUCUGGGAGGAGCCACCCGCGGUCAGCAGCCUGGAGAAGCCCAAGGGAUGAGUACACCACAGUGCGCUGCGACGCCCUCGCUGCAGGAGCCAGGCCGAGCCUGACGUCCGUCCUCUCCGCGUGCGCACCGGCCUCCGAGGGAGUGGCCGGCCAGUGGCUGCCGCAUGGAACGCCUGCAGAAGCAACCUCUUACCUCCCCGGGGAGCGUCAGCUCCUCCAGAGACUCCAGUGUGCCGGGCUCUCCCUCCAGCAUCGUGGCCAAGAUGGACAACCAGGUGUUGGGCUACAAAGACCUGGCUGCCAUCCCCAAGGACAAGGCCAUCCUGGACAUUGAGCGACCUGACCUCAUGAUCUACGAGCCUCACUUUACCUAUUCCCUCCUGGAACACGUGGAGCUGCCCAGAAGCCGGGAGUGCUCACUGUCACCCAAAUCCACAUCCCCCCCACCAUCCCCAGAGGUAUGGGCGGAGAGCCGGACACUGGGACUCAUUUCUCAGGCUUCAACACCAAGGACCACAGGGACCCCUAGGACCAGCCUGCCCCAUUUCCACCACCCCGAGACCACCCGCCCAGAUUCCAAUAUCUACAAGAAGCCACCCAUCUACAGGCAGAGAGAAUCCACGGGAGGCAGCCCUCAGAGCAAGCACCUCAUCGAGGACCUCAUCAUUGAGUCGUCCAAGUUCCCUGCGGCACAGCCCCCUGACCCCAACCAGCCAGCCAAGAUAGAGACUGACUACUGGCCAUGUCCCCCGUCGCUGGCCGUUGUAGAGACAGAAUGGAGGAAACGGAAGGCAUCUCGGAAGGGGGCAGAGGAAGAGGAGGAGGAGGAAGAUGAUGACUCUGAAGAGGAGAUUAAGGCCAUCAGGGAGCGGCAGAAAGAGGAACUCAGUAAGGUUACUUCCAACUUGGGAAAGAUGAUCUUGAAAGAGGAGAUGGAAAAGUCUUUGCCCAUUCGGAGGAAAACACGCUCUCUGCCUGACCGGACACCCUUCCACACCUCCUUGCAUUCGGGGACGUCUAAGUCCUCCUCUCUUCCUUCCUAUGGCAGGACCGCCCUGAGCCGGCUACAGUCCACAGAAUUCAGCCCAUCCGGGAGUGAGGCUGGGAGCCCAGGCCUGCAGAACGGAGAGGGCCAGAGGGGGAGGAUGGAUCGGGGGACCUCCCUGCCCUGUGUGCUGGAGCAGAAGAUCUAUCCCUAUGAAAUGCUCGUGGUGACCAACAAGGGCCGAACUAAGCUGCCUCCUGGUGUGGAUCGCAUGAGGCUCGAGAGGCAUUUGUCUGCAGAGGACUUCUCGAGGGUCUUUGCCAUGUCUCCGGAGGAGUUUGGCAAGCUGGCCCUGUGGAAGAGGAAUGAACUCAAGAAGAAGGCGUCCCUCUUCUGACAUCCCUGCCCGCCUGCUCGCCGCCGUGUGUGACAGCACCUUCCCUCUGCUGCUUCAAGGCCCUGAAGCUGGGGCUGUGAGACCCCCCCACAGCAUCCUCUUCCUCUGCAGGCUGGGAGCAGCAGGAGGCAGGGCAGAAGCGCUGGGCUCCAUUCCUCAGGGAGAGAGAGAGCCAAGAUGUGCCCAGUCCCAGAGUCAUGAGGCGUGGACUUCCUUACCCACCUGGGCCAGGGGGCUUCAUCUUUUCCCUGGGCGCCACUGCCUGGCCAAACCCAGCCUGGACUCCGGCACACAGUCCACGUUUGCACCCUUUUUCCUGUCUGUCGUCCCACACAAAGGUCCCCAGAAGAGGGUGAAGAGAAGUGAAGGGGCACUUAGUGGUGAGGUCUGUCUGCUGCCCUGCACAGGGGGUAGACUUGGCCAGGGAGCGGCGGCUGUGGGACCCUGUGCCUGUCCACCCAAAGCCUCCAGCCCACUGCACUCCUGACGGCACCCUGCGCCUGGGCCUGAUGCAGCGGAAGCAGGCUCUGCCUGGGCCUCCAGCUGGGAGGCCUCCCUCCGGCCAGCUUGUCUGUCCUGUACUUUGCAAUCCCCUAAGCUUCAAGCCUCUUGCUCAAGCCCCAGGGCCUAUGUAAAGCUGUGGCUAAGAGCAGAGACUCUGUUCACACACCGCCUCACCACCAGCCUCCAGGCAAAACCAGCUAGGAUGCAUCCUUCUAGCACCUGUCCAGGGACCACAGAGCCCAGGCCUCGGCCUUCCUUAGAUGGGAUUGGGAGGCCAGGCUCCCCGGUCGUUCCCCCCCCCCAUUGCCAUGCACCCCCUGUUGUGCUCUCUACAGAAUGUAAUUUAUUGGGGCUCCCUCUGCUGCUUUUCUUUCCCUGACCCCUGCCCCAUCCAAUUGCACUCCUAGUCCGUCUCCACAUAUGUACGUGUAUAUAAUUAUAUAUAUAUAUAUAUUUUGCCCAGGUCUGGGUCUUGUUUUUGCCCAGAUCCUGGCACUCCCUGUCCACUGUGUGUGUGAUCAUGCUGGGAGGGGUAAGUGCUUGGAAUUAAAAGGUUGCGUUGGGUCCCUAAA